AUGAUGCACAAACUCUCUUUUCUUUCUCUACAUUUACUAUUACUCUUACUAAUAUGUCUCCAUCCUCUCAUCACCGUAGCGGACGGCAAUUCCACCACUGGCAUUGACUGGUGGUGCAACAAAACUUCUUACCCUGAUCCAUGCAAAUGCUAUUUCAAAAACCACAAUGGUUUUGGACUGCCGACACAGCUAUCCGAGUUUCGAGUAAUGCUGGUGGAAGCAGCUAUGGAUCGGGCUAUAUCCGCCCGGGACGAAUUAACUAAUUCCGGGCGGAAUUGCACCGAUUGCCAUAAACAAGCUAUUUUGGCAGAUUGCAUUGACCUCUACGGAGACACUGUCUUGCAGCUAAACCGGACGCUGGAAGGAGUGUCUCCAAAAACCGAUUCCGGAAAACGGUGCACUGACUUCGACGCUCAAACCUGGCUGAGCACCGCACUUACAAACACGGAGACUUGCCGACGAGGCUCAUCAGAUUUCAACGUCUCAGAUUUCAUCACACCCAUUGUUUCCAACACCAAAAUCUCCCACCUCAUCAGCAACUGCUUAGCCGUCAACGGAGCCCUCUUAACCACCGGAAACAACGGCACCACCGGUUCUGACCAGAAGGGUUUUCCGACGUGGGUUUCCGGUAAAGAUAGGAAACUUCUACAACUGCAACCCACGCGUACCGUCCGAGCUAACCUCGUGGUGGCCAAAGACGGAUCAGGACAGUUCACGACGGUGCAAGCGGCAAUUGACGUGGCUGGACGGAGAAAAGUGACGUCAGGGAGGUUUGUUAUAUACGUGAAGAGAGGGAUAUAUCAAGAAAACAUAAACGUACGUCUCAAUAACGAUAACAUAAUGUUGGUCGGAGAUGGAAUGAGAUCCACCAUUAUCACCGGUGGUCGUAGUGUCAAAGGUGGUUACACCACUUACAAUUCCGCCACUGCCGGUAUAGAAGGACUUCACUUCAUAGCCAAAGGCUUAACAUUCCGGAACACGGCCGGGCCGGCCAAGGGCCAGGCCGUGGCGCUCCGGUCAUCUUCAGACCUCUCAAUCUUCUACAAAUGCUCAAUCGAAGGAUACCAAGACACGUUGAUGGUCCAUUCACAACGUCAGUUUUACCGAGACUGCUACAUAUACGGAACCGUCGAUUUCAUUUUCGGAAACGCAGCUGCGGUUUUCCAAAACUGUCUUAUCCUCCCUCGCAGACCACUCAAAGGCCAAGCCAAUGUAAUAACCGCGCAAGGCCGUGCUGAUCCGUUUCAGAACACAGGGAUCUCUAUCCAUAACUCAAGAAUCUUACCGGCUCCUGAUCUAAAACCGGUGCUCAGUACGGUUAAGACGUAUAUGGGCCGGCCUUGGAUGAAGUACUCGCGCACCGUGGUUCUUCAGACGUAUUUGGAUAGUGUUGUGAGUCCGGUCGGGUGGUCACCGUGGAUUGAAGGUUCGGUUUUUGGUUUAGACACGUUGUUCUAUGCCGAGUAUAAGAAUACCGGACCGGCUUCGUCCACGAGGUGGCGUGUUCGUUGGAAAGGGUUUCAUGUGUUGAAGAGAGCUUCCGAUGCAUCUGCUUUCACUGUUGGAAGAUUCAUCGCCGGUAAUGCGUGGCUCCCAAGCACCAGAAUACCUUUCACUUCCGGACUCUAAGGCCAUCUCUGUUUUUUUUUUUCU